UUUUUUGUUGGCAAUUUUUAUAAUGAAAAUGGGUAUUUUUUGGGAUGUUUUCGAAUAUUUUCGGAUAUUUUUGUCUCAAGUUGAAAAUGUGAAAAAAAACAGGAGCGACAAAACAAUUUUCAAAACAAUCAAGUCGCAGUUCAAAAAUAGGUACUUUAUGGAUAUGUCACCCCCCUCCUAUUUUGAGUCUCAGAGUUUUUCUUUUACGUAUAAAAUGGUCAGAGAUUAUUUUCUUCUCCAUGUCAAUCAUUUUUUUCUUCUUCAAGUAUUUUGCUUGUUUAUUUUGCCUUUUCACAUAUUUUGUACUUUUAUUUCACUCGUUUCGUUUCUACAUUUACCAAAUUUCACUUAUUUUGCCUGA